AUGACGGAUUACUAUCACUGUCUUGGACUCUCACGCGAUGCGACGGGUGAGCAAAUCAGAAGGAACUACCACCAGCUCGCGUUGGAGUUUCAUCCCGACAGGGCAGGAGCCGAGGGGGCGGAGAGGUUCAAGGAAAUACAGUCGGCGUACGAGGUGCUCUCGAACCCCAAAAAGAGGGAAAUAUACGACAAGUUUGGUGCUGCCGCCCUGGACAACCCUUUUUCGGAUGCGCUGAUGGUUCAGAUCGGGGGCUUUGUAAUCUUCUGCGUUAUGGCAGUUUUGGUAUUUAUAUUGGCAUCGAUGGUGGUUGUCUUUACCGCCUUUAUUGUCUCAUACGUUGAUGGUCGACUGGCGGCGCGCGGCGUUGCUACGGUGAACGAUCACAGCCGAAGCUACUGGAAUUAUGUGAAAGUCUUUUCACCGCUAUUUGUCGUUGACAUAAUUGUCGGGGUCCCGGCGUUAAUUGGCCUCAUUGUGGCUAUUGUCAGUUUCCGGAUAGAUGCAUUCUUUUGGACGCUGCUCGUAUUGUCCCUUAUUCUCAUUAGUAUCCUUGUGCCUGUGGCCAAAGACGCAAACGACAAGACAGCUUUGCGUGGUGGCAAUGACUUUUAUUUGUGGCGUCGCUGGCUUGCUCCACUAUACAUUGCGGUGGCAUUGUACACGCUCUUGUGCUUCAUUACAAGGCUUCCGACGCGAAGGCGCUACAAAAGCUUAAAAUCCAACGGAAAUGAGGGGCUGUGGGGAUACAUGAAGCUUUCCUUCUUCUUGGCACUUCUUCGUGGAUUAUCUUUAGCGGCAUUCAGUGCUCUCAUUGCUCUCCGCGCAGAUGAGGUCAUCACGGCAAACUACUUUGUAGUUUUGGCCUUGCCAUUCUACGUCUUUGGGGCCCUGCUGCUACUGGAAGCGGUGGCGUACCAAAUUUCCAUCCAACGGGUGCGAGGGGUUUCGCGAUCGUGUUGCUAUAACUUGGUCAAUUUCACCGCUUUGAGUACUGUUCUUAUUCUUGCCUUGGCCUCCAUUUCCUUGGUGUCCAAGCGGCUAAACGACUUGGACAGUGUUCGUCAUGGGAAUACGGGGAAGGUGAUGUCGCUGGCUUUGGCCCUCGUUCCGGCUUUUGUGCUCCUUGGCUCGCCUUCCUUGCGGUGCUGUUCCUUCUGUGCGCCAUGUGUGGGUUGCGGAUUUCGGUGGGCGCCGGCGGGAGCAACCCUCCCCAGGGUGAAGGAUCGAGGGAAAACGAGGAACAUCAAGAGAGUGAGGCAGUUUCCGGCGGCGAACACGGGCUUGGGCGUGAAAAUGGUGAGAAUGGGCAGGAGAGGAGAAAAUGUGUUCCUCUCCAAGAAAGCCGCAGGGAUGACUGUGGACCCGGUAGCAUGCAGCAUAGGGGGCACGACGCGCCGGCGGGCAGCAACGGCCAGAGCUGCUCGACUCCCCGCCACCAGAGGAGGCUCUCGGAUGUUGACUAAACCCCCCGCCUCCCCCGCUGGACUACAAAGAGGGGGUGGAGGAUGCAAAGGGCAGUGUGAGGUUCUGGGUGGGCAGGGUUGGAGUAGAAGCGAGCAGUCCGUCAUGCCGGUUUUUUUUUUUGCUUUUCUUUGCUGUGUCCUCUUUUCCUCGGUGAUGAUUGCAUGCCAAGGAUGA